GCCCCUGAAGCGGCGAUGGUCGAACCAGCACGUCUCUUCCAGGAGGAGGUCGUCGAGGCGCCCGUGGAGCUCAAGUUGGAUCUGCUUCUACCGGUGCCGCUGCGCCGUGGCACGGCCCCCCUCCACAUCGCCACCAUCAACGGGGACACGUGGCAAGGGGCUCGCACGGUGCUGGAGUGGAACUCUGCAGCCGGCAGGCGCUUUGACGUGGCCUUCGUUCAGGAGACGAGGUUCUCCGACUCCGAGGCGGCUGGGGGCGCUCGCCAGUGGUGCUUGGGCCAGGGCUGUCAUCUUGCCCUGGGCCCUCCUCGUCGGACUGGCGCUGAGCGUCUGGCUGUCAGUGGCGGCGUGGGCCUCUGCAUCGGCACGCACAUUGGGGUCUUCAGUGGCAUUGCUGUCCCUGAUGAGUGGAGCCAUCGCAUUGUGGCCAGGAAGAUCCACCUCGGCGAGGGCUCGGUCCUCUUGGUGAUCUCUCUCUACAUGAUCACCUCCAUCGGCCUCACUGGUGAUAACCUGGCGCUCCUUGCGGAG